CGGCGCACGCUGCUCGUGUAGACAGCCCGCGUUCGCACGCCCAAAUACGUCGUUUCUCUGAGGUCACUAUGACCACUGUGCAGUUUGAAUAUGACCCAGAGCGUCUCAUCGAAGAGGUAAAAAAACGCCCGGGUAUAUGGGAUUUCGAGAAUGUAGAAUACAGAACGAAAAACUUAAGACACAAACUAUGGACGGAGGUCGUUAACGAACUAAUGACGAGCGAUGUGAAGGUUACAAAGAGCGAGAUGAGAGAACUAGAACUUCAACUUCAGAAGAAAUGGAAGAGUAUCAGGGAUUGCUUUCAAAAGUACGUCAGUCAUCCUAAUAGAACGAGAAGGCCUUAUUUAUACAGUAAACAAUUACAAUUCCUUUUAAAAAAACGAAUAGAACAACCAGAAACGGCUUCAAGUGAAUCCGACGACGGAAGAAACAAAAGACGAGCAUGGAGACCUAAAAAAAAAUUAAAACUUACCAAAGAAAGUUCAGAAGAAGACAAUGACAACGACAACAACGAUGAUUAUCAACUAAAUGAAGAUACAUCCAUAGAUAUGCCACAGAAACAUAAUAUAUUAAAUAAAUCGAACGUUAUCGAUGAAUUCGCAUUCGCAAACGUUGAUUCACAGGUCAGAAGUGAACUAGAAGACCCGGAUAAAUUAUUUCUUUUGUCACUACUCCCACAUUUUAAAUCAAUACCUGAAGAAAUGCGACUAAACGUUAAAAUGGAUAUGAUGCAAGUUUUGAGAAAUGCAAAUUACCAUACAGCAAUAGAACAUAAAAUAAUAUAGUUAAUUAUCAUAUGAUAUUAGUUUAUAUAUUUAAUUAUAACAUUAAACGGAUUUACUUAUAAAUGCUGUUUCGUGGAUGACUAGUUAAGCAAUGCUCUGUCUUCUUCUUCCGAAUGUCAAAACAAUGAUGAUAGAAAGAGGCAAAUCGGUGUUUAACCAAAUUACCCGCUAAACAACGUUUAUAAUUAAGUUCUUAAAUCUUUUUAAGAUAAAUAUACCCCGUUAAGCCUUA